GUGAAAAAAAAAAAAAAAACCACCGAAAUACAAAGCUCUCUUCCUUCACCCCAAAAUUCCCAGAGAAUUUCUUUUCUCCCCAUCAAUCCUUCAACCUAAAAACCUCCUAAAUUCCAAUGCCACAUCCCAUCAAAUAACCCGAAAUUAUCAGACCCCGAAAUUUUCUUUUCCUCCAUACUUUGCAAUGUCAGGUCCAUCACUCAUGGAUUCCCUGUUUCAGCGCAGUUUAGAGGACCUAAUCAAAGGCCUAAGACAACAACUUAUCGGUGAACAAGCUUUCAUUUCCAAGGCUCUGGAAGAAAUCCGUAAAGAAAUAAAAUCCACUGACCUCUCAAUCAAAUCCACAGCUCUCCUCAAACUCUCCUACCUUUCCUCCCUUCACUUCCAUGACAUGUCGUUUGCAACUUUCCAUGCGUUGGAAGUCCUCUCUUCCCCUCGCUUUUCCCACAAAAAAAUCGCUUACCAUGCAAUCUCACUUUCCUUCCAUGAUUCCACCCCUGUUCUUCUCCUAAUAACUAAUCAUCUGCGCAAGGAUCUUACAAGUACCAAUGAGUUUGAAGUAAGUUUAUCUCUUCGUUGCUUAUCUAAAAUUGCUAAUGUUGAUCUUGCUAGAGACUUAACCCCGGAAAUUUUCACUUUAAUGUCUAGUAAUAAACUUUAUGUUCGAAAAAAGGCAGUAGCUGUAGUGUUAAGGGUUUUUGAGAAAUACCCAGAUUCUGUUAGGGUGUGUUUUAAACGUUUAGUUGAAAAUUUAGACAAUUCUGAUCCUCAGAUAUUGUCUGCUGUUAUUGGGGUGUUUUGUGAACUUGCUUGUAAAGAUCCCAGAUCGUAUCUACCGUUGGCACCUGAGUUUUAUAAGAUUUUGGUUGAUUCCAAAAACAAUUGGGUUUUGAUUAAGGUGUUGAAGAUUUUUGCUAAGUUGGCUCCUUUGGAACCGAGGUUAGCAAAACGGGUUGUUGAGCCGAUUUGUGAUCAUAUGAGGAGAACUGGGGCGAAGUCAUUGUUGUUUGAGUGUGUUCGGACUGUCGUUACUAGUUUGAGUGAGUAUGACUCUGCUGUGAGGCUUGCAGUGGGGAAGGUUCCGGAGUUUUUGGUGGAUGAGGAUCCGAAUCUUAAGUAUCUUGGCUUGCAGGUGCUUUCAAUUGUAGCACAGAAGCACUUGUGGGCGGUGUCACAGAAUAAGGAAGCUGUGAUUAAGUCAUUGAGUGAUGCAGAUCCUAAUAUUAAGAUUGAGUCAUUGCGUCUUGUGAUGGCAAUGGUGUCUGAAUGUAAUGUGACUGAAAUUUCCCGAGUUUUGGUCAAUCAUGCUCUUAAAUCUGAUCCUGAGUUUUGUAAUGAGAUUCUUGGUUCUAUUUUAUCAACUUGUUCCAGAAAUGUGUAUGAGAUUAUUGUUGACUUUGAUUGGUAUGUAUCACUUCUAGGGGAGAUGUCCAGAAUCCCACAUUGCCAUAAGGGAGAAGAAAUUGAAAAUCAGCUAAUUGAUAUUGGUAUCAGGGUCAAGGAUGUUAGGCUAGAACUUGUUCGUGUCAGUCGUGAUCUGCUCAUUGAUCCUGCUUUACUUGGAAAUUUUUUCUUGCAUAGGGUAUUAUGUGCUGCUUCUUGGGCAUCUGGAGAAUAUGUUAAGUUUUCAAGGAACCCAUUAGAACUUAUGGAAGCACUAUUACAACCUCGCACUAGAUUGUUGCCGCCAUCUAUUAGGGCAAUUUAUAUUCAGUCUGCCUUUAAAGUGUUAGUUUUUUGCCUACAUACUUACCUUAUGCAAAGGGGAAGCACUUUUUCCUCUACAUCUCCAGAUAAUUUGCCUUCAGUAGUUUCAGCAUCUGUGUCUGAUGAAUCAUUUGACAAUCUGUCGGUUGAAAAUGGUGUAGAUGCAACUGUUACACAUGGCCAGAUAUGUACCCCUGCUUUUAUCACCAAUGAAUCUAUUGUAAACCUAUUGAAUAUGGUUGAAUUGGCUUUGGGCCCACUAGUUGGAAGCCAUGAUGUGGAAGUACAAGAGAGAGCACGGAAUGUGCUUGGUUUUGUUGAUUUGACAAAACUAAAAUUUCUUAAUUAUUCAGUCCAAGAGGAAAAUGAUUCAGAGGGAAAAGGAGUGGAAGCUUCCAAUAUCAUUGAACUGAUGCAUGAUGCCUUUUCCAAGGAGCUCGGUCCCAUUUCUUUAAGCGCUCAGGGAAAUGUUUCUCUGCCAGAUGGUUUAAUAGUUAAGGAGAACCUUGGCGACUUGGAAAUGAUCUGUUGUGAUAUUGAACUACCUUCAUCAAACUCAUUUUCUUUUGGAAGUCCUUGUGAGGAGAAGGAUGGUGUUUCUUUCUCUAACCUUCAAAUCAAAGAAGACUCUGAACAAUCAAAUGAGUCCACAUCUCUGUUAGCUGAGCAUCGUAAGCGCCAUGGGUUGUAUUAUCUUCCUUUGGGGAAGAGUGAAAUUUCAAAUGAUUAUCCUCCUGCCAAUGACCCCAUAUUACAGGGUAAUAUCAAUGGUAAUGCUGUUGAUCUUGUUAAAAUUACAGAGGAAUCACUUGUCCCAAAGAGAAAACCAAGUCAUGCCAAGCCUAGGCCUGUGGUGGUGAAAUUGGAUGAAGUAGAUGAGAAACCUGUUGCAUUGAAGAAGUUUGAGUCUAAGGAUGAUUCGCUUUCAGGAGCUGUGCGUGAUAUUCUUUUUGGUAGUGAAGAUAUGGUACCUACUUCAUCACAAAGCAACCUUUCCGAUAAGUCAUCUAGCAAAAGAAAAGGGAAGGAAAAACAACAUACAGCUCCUCAUGUGGAAUCAAAAGAAAAUUUAGUUGACGAUGGAAAUCCCAGUUCAAGAAGGAGAAAGUACCGUAGUCAUGGUAAAGAGAGAAGACAUAGAAGUCCAAGGAAGAAAACUGCUGAGGAAAGAGAAGGUCAGAAAGAAAAAGAGAAGAGUAGUCAUCGCCAUGGCAGGCAUAAAUCUGGACAAAGAGCUGAAGAGCCUUUGAAUGUUUCUGCACAAGCACCUGUGAUUCCAGAUUUCCUUUUAUAGCAAUAAUUUUUUUUUAUCCUAUAAUCAUAAACUGCUUGAGAGAAACUGGCUGAUAAUAUCCCCUGUAUUCUGCCUUCUUGCAUACAAAGAUGUGGAAAUCAUCAGCAUCAUUGUCACAUUAUUCAGUCAACAAGAUGGGCUUUAUCGACUCAAUGCAACAGAUAUAGUUUACGUUACCUUAUAGUGGGUCGCAUGCUAACAAUCUAAAGGUUUCAUUUAAGGUUACUGCUGAUAUUUUCUAUGAUAAUGUUGAGGACUUCAUAUUGAAAUUGUGGUGUUUUUGCUCUCGCAUUACCUCCCUUGCAUGAGACGUCAUGUAGGCUCACCCUGCUGGUUUUGCUGGAAUGUUACAACUUGGUUGGAACAGAACUCUGAAGGGGAAUCAAGUGGCAGUGUAAUGCUCAAUCCAAUCCGCUUUCUCAGUUAUAAUUAAAAAAUUAUGUUGCUCCAAAAUAAAAUUUAGCUCAUCUUUUGGAAGCUGCUAAUAGUUUGUUGUAGGAAUCAACUGGUUGAGGUUAGUUUAGCAGCAUGACUUUUGUUAUUGCAAUUAUUUUGUCACAUUUUCUUGUGUACAAUGUUGAAUUUCAGAUAUUGUUAACAUUCUCAUGGAAAGAAUUUCAUUUAGCGUAUCCUGAAGCAUUUAAACUGUCUGUUGAGAUCUGUGGAUGUUUGCUGUUGGAAACAAACCCCUCGUGUCAUUCCUGUAGUA